UGUUUCUUCAUUACUCUUAUAUAUCAAUUGCUUCAUAUCCAUAUUUGCAUAUAGAUAUGAGAAGUCAUUCCUGUUGUUAUAAGCAAAAGCUUAGAAAGGGCCUUUGGUCUCCUGAAGAAGAUGAGAAACUUCUCAACUACAUAACAAGACAUGGUCAUGGCUGUUGGAGUUCUGUCCCCAAACUCGCAGGUUUACUGAGAUGUGGAAAGAGUUGUAGGCUUAGGUGGAUCAACUAUUUGAGACCAGAUUUAAAGAGGGGAGCAUUCUCUCAAGACGAAGAAAGCUUGAUCAUUGAGCUCCAUGCUGCCUUAGGGAACAGAUGGUCUCAGAUCGCAACUCGGUUACCGGGAAGAACAGACAACGAGAUCAAAAACUUUUGGAACUCAUGUCUUAAGAAGAAGCUGAGAAGAAAAGGCAUUGAUCCAACAACACAUAAACCCCUAAUAAGCGACAUUCAAACGGCUAACGUCAUAGAUCAGAAAUUGACGUCAUCAAAUACUUCAGAAGUAGUAAAGUCAACGGGUUUGAUAAACAACCUACAUGAUGAUCAGUCAAUGGCCGUCUCAUCACAACCAGGUCCGUGUUGGUUCCCGGAGACCAAGACGACGGCUAAUCAAAACGCUGCGUUUUGCUUCAGUGCAAGUACUCUACCAACGGUUUCAGACCAGAUGACUUCAAACUUCAACCCAGUUCCAAACAAUUGGGAACUCAACUACUGCAGCAACACAGUUCCAUCUCACAGAAACAGUAUCUACAGUGCUUUCUUUGGAAAUCAUUACGCAGAAGCUAGUCAAAUCAUGAAUAAUAAUAACAAUAAUAAUCCUGUAAUGGAUCAUCAUUAUCAUCAAGACAUGAAGCCGUGGCCAUCAGAGAUUCUUCAUUACACAGAACAUAACCAAAGCUUAGAAACUGGUUUAGAAGCAGAAGUGAAGCCAUACAUUGCCAAGUACUACUUGGGAUCAUCAGUGUCAUCACUAAACGAAAGCGCUGCGAGAUUACUGCAUUCUGAGGUUGAUUUUUACGGUAAAAACCUUCAGAAGCUUAAUAAAAUGGCGUUUAAUCAGAGCCUUUAGAUUAUUAACAUGUGCGAGAGAGAGUUUAAAUAUUAUUUCUUCAUUUCUAUUCACGUUCUUUAGUUAAGUAUGUAUGUGUGCUUUUGGCUGUGUAAUGUUUUUGCGUGCUUUAGAUGUAAUUAAUUUUUCACCUUCUACCUGGUCGUGACUUUGACCUUAAUAGUGUCACAUUCUAUGUCUUUACGAACUUUAAUUAAGAAAUGGU